ACGUACGUCAUUAACAGGCGCUUAUGUGGGCUGAACUGUUUUGCCUGCUCAGGGUCCUUCGGCGUUUCACAACUAAGCUCAUACAUGAACUCGAACUGACUUUCAGAAGUCAUGAUCUUCAACAUGAUCAGAGGGUCCCGCGCUGCCUUCGGCACUUUAAUAGGGCAGGCGAGGAGAGGUAUGAUGACCACAGGGAACAGAAGACUGUGCAGCAAGCCUCAAGAGGGGGCAUCCGGACCCCAACAGGCACAAAGGCUUGGGUUUAAAUUACCAGGCUACCGCCCUUCAGAAUGGGAUAAAAAGAUGCUGGUUUGGUCUGGCCGAUUUAAAACCACAGAACAGAUUCCAGAUUUUGUAUCAUUUGAGAUGAUUGAUGCUGCCAGGAACAGAGUGCGUGUGAAGGCCUGCUAUGUCAUGAUGGCAAUGACCAUCCUGGCAUGCCUUGUUAUGGCUGUUUCUGGCAAAAAGGCGGCAAGUCGGAAUGAAAAUCUGACUACUUGGAACAUGGAGAAGAAGGCUCGAUGGAGAGAGGAGGCACAGAAAGAGAAGGAGGCGAACAUUACACUUGCAGAGAAAGCCCAGUGAGAUGCAUCCAUCCGUGCUCCCGAGGCCCACGUCUCAGCAUUGUCUGGGAUCAUAUAACAACCAGUUAUUUAAUGUUAAAUGGCACACACCAUGGGAACCAUGGUAGAGGUGGUACAGACUUUCCUUCACAUAGUAAAGUUUUUUAGAGUAUAAAUUAAAAAUAACGAUGUGAGAUUUUCCCUGUGUGUUUCAUUUUUUUGUAUGUGUAUUAAGAAAAAAAUAAAAUGGUAUUCCACUGA